AUGUCAAGCAUCCGGCCGCUCUUGGUGACAGAGUCGGAUGCCGAUAUCCAGAACCAGCCGAAGCAUGAAACAGCUGAAUUGUCGGAGCUUGAAGCGGUGAAAGCUUCUGCGACUGGGGAAUCGGACUUCAGCACAGCUCCUAGGAUCAGGGGCGUAAUUUCAGACACUUCGGCGACAUCGGGUGCGGGUGUGAAGAAGAAGUCCAUGCGGAGGCUUUGGAGUCUGGUGCAGGAGCGAGUGUCCACUUUUCAGAUGCAGCAAAACACUGGCGAUGGCCUCAUCCUGGCUUUGGUGCGCACCCGAGAUCAAAUCUUUUCAGAUACCCUCUACACGGAGGACACGACGCAUGAAGUUCUGCAACUGGUCUUGGUGUUGUGGCUUCACGCAGCUUCACUGACUUUGCAGUUUGGCUUGACAUAUCAUCUGUACUUCACCACAGUGGAUGGGUUGGCAGCUCCGUUCAGCAGUGGCAUCGCUGACAAGAUGGAGGCGAUACGGCAUGCGCUUGAUCACGAUCCGCCUGUUCCACUCUCGAAGGACGACCUGGUGCAGAAAGAUGCGCUGGACCUGUGCUUACAGCAGCACGCCCUUGGACUUACGCAUCUCAUGGUGCUGUCGCUCUGGGGCGCGCGGAUGGUGGCCGAGGUCUCUGAGCUGCUGAACAGCGGCACCAUUUUAAGCUUGAUCGCAGAUCCAGACCCGACGCAAAAUGGCUUUCUCGAGGAGAGAGACGAUGGAAAGAUGCUCGUUUCCCACAUGAGUCUGAUGAUGAAAGUGGCGUGCAUCAUAUUGGUGAUCAUCCCAAAACUGGUUUGCACCAGUUUCUUGAUGUGGACAGGUGGAAAGAUGUUCAUGCUGACCCACACCAUGGGAUCCCUCAUCAUCCCGUUGCUGACACUGACCUACAUCUUGCAAAUUCCCGCCAUCCUGUUUACUGGUUUCUCUUCCUUCAAGUUCAAGGAGAAGGUUCAGCUGACGCUGUACCAGUACAAGAUUGCGCUUUGCUAUAAUUCGGCGAACUGUCAGAUGUGGGGGCUCACGGUGAUCAAAGCAGCAGCAACAUUUUGCUAUGUCUUCUUCAUCUACGUGCUGGCUUUCGGUGAUGUCACGGAGUACCGCAAUCUCUGCACCAGGUAUUUGACUAUCUUCCCAACGGGCCGGUGUAGUUUUCGAUGUCAAUUGGGCAUAACGAGCCCGGAGCACAUGCAUACUCGGGCGGACUAG